AUGCCGCCGAAGAAGCAAGUCCCAAAGGGGCCAUCUCCAAAGGGACCCUCUUUUGACGAGAUCAUCCAAUCCGAUCGCCAAAAGAAGCAGAAUGAGUUGUUGGCCAGUCAAAUCCUCGGAAAGAACAAGAACAAGAAGGAUCGCAGAGCGAGUGCGCCAGGCUCAGGCUCAGGCUCCGGCGCACUGGGCAGGGCACAGCCUGCGAAGCCCGGAAGCCUGGCUAGCCGCAUCGCAGCUCCGGGCAAGCUAAAGCGAUCCGCAUCGGCCUCAUUCCGGACGAGCCAGCCACAACCCCAGCCUCAACACAAGACCAAAGUUAAGACCAACCCGACCCCUGCAACUGUCGGAGCCGCACGAUCACGCGAGAAGCCCGCGCGAAAGAAGACUCAGAAGGAACACCCGCACUCUGAGCGCCUGCUUUCCCUUGUCCAGAAUGCACGGGAUGCCAAUCCUCAUCCUCACCCCAAACCCAAAGCUGCAAAGAGUGGCCUGUCGAUUAAGGGCGCCUCGGGUCCAUUCAUUGUGGUGGGGAGCAAUUUUUCCCCAGGGACAUCUGCCGCAGAUAUCCAAUCUGCAUUGGAGGCUAGGACUGGACCGAUGCUUAGCUGCCGUGUCAUCAGUCACUCGCCAGCUGUCACAGCAGAGAUCGCCUAUGCAGAGAAGGAAAUUGCGGAGAACACAGUCGCAAACUUUGACAAUCAAUGGGCGGACGGGCGGAAAUUAACUUUCAGGCUGAACGUUGUCGGCAACACCACACAUGCCAACACGCAAAACUCGUUCAACAAUAUCCGGGAACAAGCCGACCGCGAUCGCCGCAAUCGCCGCGCAGAACCGCAAGUACAAGACGGAAGUUACGGGUUCGGCGAAGAGGGCGAAGCUCUCCGUUACAACCUGCCGCAGUCAAAUCUUUACAGCGAUCAGAUGAUGGUGGAUACACAGCAAAACAACAAAAGUCGGAGGCGGUAA